ACCAGGCAACGAGGGGCGGAUAGGAAUGGCUGCCGUCACGGUGAAGGGGGGAGAACAGUUUGAUGGCAACAAAACGUUCAGCCAUGUAGCCAGCUACCUACCGGCGUAUGCACGGCCACGCUUCAUACGCAUCCAGAAUGCGGUGGAGAUGACUGGGACCUUCAAGCAGAUGAAGGUGAGGUUAGUGGAGGACGGUUUCGACCCGGCAGGCAUCACAGACCCUCUGUACAUCCUACAGGAGGGAAAUCAGAGUUACACACCAAUGACUGGCCAGAUCUACAGCUCCAUAGUGGCAGGCAUCAUCAAGCUGUGAACAGAUCUGUGGUGAUACUACUCCUGGGUCCUAUUCAUUAGGACAUGCAAUGGAAAACAUUUCAAAAAUGUUUUGCAACAGAAAACAAGAAUGAGUAUUACUUAGUCCCUCCCUGUUUUAGUCCACGCCAGCCCUCAUUCUUUACCUGCGGCAUCGUCUGAGACCGGCCACCCGGACAGCUAAUGAAACUUAGGAGUAUUUCUGUCAGUAAUAAAGCCGUUUUGUGUGGAAAAUCUAAUUCUGAUUGGCUGGGCCUGUGUUAAAGUGAUUUAAAUGUUGAACGAUAAUGAUUAAAUAAUUCCACUCUGAAACCUUAUAACUGUAUGAAAUUGAUUAGAAUCAUACAAUUAUUAUCUGAUGGUUUUGUUUAGUUUUAGUCAGUAAAAUUAUAUAUCUGUGAGUGUAGUUUUAGUCAGAAUUAGGGUUAAACAAUAUCUCUGUACAAUAUGUCUUUAUAGUAUCUUAAACACAGACUCUCUGAGCAAAAUUCAGUGCCGACCUGGCUAAAGGUUUGGGAGAGGACAGGGAGUACUUCUCAAGGUCUCCCUAAUCUUUGUCGGCUGGGUAAUGAUACAGUAUGUGCGUAGGAUACCUACUGUUUGUGUGUGGAAGUAUGUGCGUAGGAUAC